AUGUUGCUCAACGGAGUAUCUCGGGCUGGACGUGGUUAUGAAAUCAUGUUUCGAAACUGGCGAGACAUUUUUGAAUUUGUCGAGGAAUUGUUUCAGAUACAGGACGAGGAGUACCAGAAGAAGCACGAGGGCCUGCAUACCCAAGAGCUCAUGCCCAUCAGCCGGGAGAGGCUCGUCGACAACCCAGAGUAUAUUGGAAAUGGCAUCGUUCUUCCGUCCAAACCACAGGUCAAGGUCAUUCCUCGCGACAAGGUCAAGUUCGUGUCAGAGCUCGGCGAGGGCGCUUUUGGCCGCGUUUACCUCGGGGUCAUGGAUGAAGGCCGAGGGAAGGCAACUCAGGUCGCGGUCAAAACCUUAAAGAGCGCUGGUCCCGAAGCCCGAGUGGAGCUUGAGCGUGAAGUGGAGCUGCUGAGCAACCUCACCCACGCUAAUAUUGUGAGCUUUUAUGGCGUCUGUUACAGCUCCGAUUCCAUGUUGAUGGUGUUCGAGUAUAUGGAACUUGGCGACCUAAACAACUACCUCAGGAGCCACAACGAGGACGUGGCACUCCAGGCGGGCGAUGAAGCCUCAACACAUCCGAUCUCCGUGAUGGAUUGUCUCCAGAUUGCCCUGCAGGUGGCGGCAGGCAUGAAGUAUCUUGCGUCGCAGCACUACGUCCAUCGUGACCUGGCCACAAGGAACUGCCUAGUGAGGGCCAACCUGGUGGUCAAAAUCGGUGACUUCGGGAUGUCCAGAGAUGUCUAUACGACAGACUACUACCAGUUCGGUGGCAGGACCCUCCUCCCGGUGCGCUGGAUGCCCCCCGAGAGCAUCCUCUACAGGAGGUUCACCAUAGAGUCGGACAUCUGGAGCUUCGGCGUCGUCUUGUGGGAGAUCUUCACGGGAGGAAAGCAACCCUGGUAUGGCUACAACAACCAGGAGGUGAUAACUCAGAUCACCGGGUGCAAGGUGCUCAGCUGCCCCGACCGCUGCCCGCCCGACAUGUACCGAAUCAUGGUGUCGUGCUGGAGGCAGAACCCCCAAGAGAGGCCGUCCAUGGCUACCCUUUACGCUCAGAUCUGCAGUCUUAUUACUGUGGAACCGCAUGUGCUAGACUAUGACUAG